AUGCAAAGCUCUCCUCUAGGCCUGUUGAAGCCUUGCGAACUCUGCGAAGGACGUAUCGAGUAUCCAAGCCUUCAGUUGUUAUCGAAAUUGGCUAUACCCUAUAUUGGAAUUGGCAUCCAACAUCUGACACCUGUCCUCCAAGGCUACUGUUGUACCGCAGGGAUCGAGUUGCUACCCAAUAUCACACCCAACAUCACACUCAAUAUCACACCAAACAUGAAGUCCUACUCCUUGUUGAUGGUACUGAUGUCUCCAUACGUUCUCGGAUGGGUACGUCCAAGCAAAUCUAGAGAGUCCGACACAGGCCUGGAUAUUGACAGAAUUCUAAAGAGAUGGCCGGGUCAAACCCAAUUCAAACUCGUGUUCUGACGUAUGAAUCCCGGUCCCAUUGACUUCAGUAACAUAGCUGAUAAUGAUAGCUCUUUCCGUGCACGCGCGACGGGAAUGACUGCACUCCCAACAUCAAGGAAAGUGGAACCAGAGCCGCGUGCGAAUAGAGCUAUGAAUUUAUGGCAAUCCGCAUUGUACGACAUACUUCGAGGCCCUGGUAAUUGCUGGAUGGGCGUUGAAAUGGGGCAUCGAGCGGAGCGGCGCGGCGGCUAGAGGCCGGCUG